AUGGCCACUCCUUCGUAUCUGAAAAUCGUUAUUCUCGCAAUAAUAUGCAAAAAGAGCGAAUGGCCACUCCUUCGUAUUCUGAAAAUCGUUAUUCUCGCAAAUAUAUCAAAAAGAGGCGAAUGGACUCCUUCGUAUUCUGAAAAUCGUUAUUCUCGCAAUAAUAUGCAAAAGAGGGUGGAGUGGGAGGCAAAAAGAAAUCAAAACCGAUAA